AUGUCCUGCUCCAGCCUGUGCGUCCCCAGCUGCGGGGUGGCCACCCCAUCCCCUCUGGCUGACACCUGCAACGAGCCCUGCGUGCGUCAGUGCCCCGACUCCACGGUGGUCAUCCAGCCCCCAGCCUCGGUGGUCACCUUCCCUGGGCCCAUCCUCAGCUCCUUCCCGCAGCAGAGCGCCGUGGGCUCGGCCGGAGCUCCCUACGUGGGAGCCGGCUCUGGAGGCGCCUUUGGGAGUCGUGGAGGCUCUGGGGGCUAUGGGGGCUUUGGGGGCUUUGGGGGCUAUGGAGGUUUUGGGGGUUAUGGCAGCUAUGGGGGCUAUGGCAGCUAUGGGGGUUAUGGCAGCUGUGGCCGUGGUUCCCGCUCCUUCGGGGGCUCCUGCGGGCCCUGCUAA